CACUCAGUUCAAUCUUGGUCUUUCUGCAGCUUCGUUCGCGCCUGGUACGCGUGUCCGCGGUUUUACAAGGUACAAGCGUUCCACACCAAACGGCUUCCCGCACAAACUACGACAACGGUACGCGCUCAGAAGCGUUCUAGUCCCCGGUGCGAUCCGCUGGAAGUUUGUGCAGUAAGUUUUUGAGGUGUACUUGUAAGCGAUUGAAAUUCCCAAAAAUCCCUAGCGCUUGCAAUCACUACUGGUGUGACACAAAUAGCCCUUUUCUGGUGGUGUACAAGUUCCGGAGGACCGGGAUUGUGAGAUCAUCUGAAAGGUGCACAGCACAAUGUGAAACCGUGAAACGGUGGUUUGGUGGAUCAAAAGCAACCUCAAAACUUGUUGAUCCAAGCUUCUUGGAGCGGACGCAGCUACAACGCGCUCUAGACCGUGUGCCUAAGCGUCGCCCGUCGCCUACAUCUGGCCAAUUGAGAAUUCCGGCGUCUUUUCGUGCCUCUCUGCGGUGGUGGUGAACAUUCAGUUGCAAGGCGGCCCACAACAAUUACGUCAUUCGGGACGGGUGGGGCGGUGAUUAAUUAGAAUCCGGCCACAGAAUAUCCUACGCCAACGUGCUGCUGCGGUCUUCGGAGUCCAAUAGAGAAUCAAUACGAGAGUAGCCCCCCCGCACAUCGUGGAAGGGGUGCGUCAUACGCGAAUGCCCUGACCUAGACUGAAACACUGAAAAGUUUGGCUUGACUGAACAGUUUGGGAAAAAGUUUGAUCUCUUUUUCAACUUUUUGAAGGCUCGUGGAGUUGCUGUCAUUAAACGAAAUUAAAACAUCAAAAAUUCAAAGCAACGGUGAAAGUGUCCAGUGAGUUUUUUUCGUUGGUCGUAAGGGAAGUUCCUGAAAAGAAUUAGGCCAAAGAAGCCAUUGCUGGGUUUUGGAACUCCCUGGAAAAGGUUACAAAAUCGUUGUGCAUUUGUGGUUCAACUCUAGUAUCAAUUUCCUCUGUGUGUAUUCGUGUGUGAGUGUGUAUUGUAUUUGUACGUGUGCACAGCAGUUUUCCGGUGACAAGUGCGUACAAGAGCCUCAAAGCACCUUUGUGUAUGUGUAUUUGUGUGAGUAUUUGAAGUUUAACACCAGUGAAAGGAGGGUGACUGGGGUGUUCGUCCCUGUGCAUAAUCCUUAUCCGUACGUAUACGUGUAUGUAUGUGUAUGUGUGCGUGUGUACCGUGAUUUCGUAAUAUUUCCCCCUUUUUAGUAAUCAGCGGACGCGGAAUUCCCUACCGCUAAAGAGGGUGGUGCAACGCGUCCUUACGCUUCCGAGCAUUUUGUGCGUUGGGUUGCCUGUGUGUGGCUGUGCCUGUUAGUACUACGAGAGUUUCAUUGAAAGUGGAAGGUUGCUGUUUUGUGGAAAAUUGGUUUUCCCCCUUUUUGGUCUUGGUACGACGUAAAACGGUUCAAAUAAAAGGGGUCGUUCGAACGUUUUGCCCUGGCCAGUCAGUGAGAAGGAAGGAAAAGGGCCAGUGUACUCGCUGGUGGUAGUAGUGGAAGUAAGCAAGCAGGCAGCAAGAGCAGCAUUUUGUCACACCCGCCAUCCGUUUGGAUCCGUCCAAAAUAAACCGCCAGAAUUGAGCCGCCUAUGUACAUCAAGAAGGACCCGAGAAAGGAAGGAGUAACAAUGCGCGAGAAAAAAGGAGGUGCUUUGCAGAAGAUAAAAAAGCGGUUAUCGCACAGCUUCGGCCGAUUAUCGAUAUCGCGCGAGGAAAGCGACGACUCCACGCAGCAGAACAACCACCAUCACCUUCCGCACCAUCACCAUCAUCACCACGGACAUGGUCACAAUCGUGGCGGUAAAGUGCCCUUCAACGGUUACACAUCCGAGGAGUACCUCGACCGACUGGAACCAAACGGCAACAUCCCGGCCGAUAAGUCCUACAGCAAACAUUGGAACAGAGUAAGCGAUCACGAGCGCGUCCAUAGGCAGCUGUCGGUGUCGUCCGACAGCAAGCUGCUGGACGACGACAUCCGGGAGGAAACACGUGUGAUAAUGCGACCUAAGAAGCCACCCCGGCCGAAAUCCGAAGUGUUCUUGAACAAGCACGACCCGCACCCGAGAAGGAAACGGUUUAGUGCAUUCGGGGGUGACUCGCCAUUUGGCAAAUCAGAUGCAUACAUCAAACUAGAGCAACUCGGUGAAGGAUCCUACGCGACGGUAUUUAAAGGUUAUAGCAAUUUAACAAAUCAAGUGGUAGCGUUAAAGGAAAUCAGGUUACAGGAGGAGGAGGGCGCACCGUUCACGGCCAUACGCGAGGCAUCGCUGCUGAAGGAACUGAAACAUUCGAACAUCGUCACCCUGCACGACAUCGUGCACACGCGUGAAACGCUCACGUUCGUCUUCGAGUUUGUGAAUACGGACCUGUCACAGUACAUGGAGCGACACCCGGGCGGACUCGACCAUCGAAACGUGCGCCUGUUCCUGUUCCAGCUGCUGCGAGGGCUUUCCUAUUGCCAUAAGCGACGGGUGCUGCACCGGGACGUGAAGCCGCAGAACCUGCUCAUCAGCGAGACGGGCGAGCUGAAGCUGGCCGAUUUUGGGCUGGCCCGUGCCAAGAGCGUCCCCAGUCAUACCUACUCGCACGAGGUAGUCACACUGUGGUACCGACCGCCAGAUGUCCUGCUCGGCAGUACGGAGUACUCCACCUCGCUCGACAUCUGGGGCGUCGGGUGUAUCUUUGUGGAGAUGAUUACCGGUAUGCCGACCUUCCCCGGCAUACGCGACACGUACGAUCAGCUGGACAAGAUCUUCAAAAUUCUCGGCACACCGACGGAGGACACGUGGCCCGGGGUAACGCACCUACCGGGGUAUAAGCUACAAAUGCUAGGCUUUUUCAAAUCCCGCAAGCUUGGGCUGAGCUUUCCCCGGUUGUACGACAUUAACGAGGGCGAAACGAUGGCCACGGCGUUUCUGCAGCUCAAUCCGGAUAACCGGAUAAGCGCGGAUGAGGCGCUGCGCCAUCGGUACUUUGCGUCGUUGCCAAAAAAGCUAUACGAACUGCCGGAUGAAUUAUCCAUCUUCACCGUGGAAGGUAUUUACUUGCAUCCGGAACCGAACCGCCACCAUGGGCACCGAGCAUGAGAGUUAAGACAAAGCAAAACCCUAGAUGCAAUACGUUAUUAUUGUUAGUAGUUAAUGUGAUUACCUGCGUUGCUGGUUAGCAGAAGACGCAGUGGAAGAUGAAUUACAAUACAAAUGAAACACAUACACACACACGCACCGUCACACCGAUACACACCGAAUUAUUCGCAACCAAUGUGUGUGUGCUGUGUGUGCUGUGUGGGUGUGUGUGUGCUUGGCGCGUUAAAGACGAUAGGGCAGCCGGUGUGAGUGCACAGACGGGAGGGAGCAGCAUAAAGCGGCAAGAAAGCGAUCAUAGCAAAACGCAAAAGCGCGGAAUGCGCAGAACAGGAACAGAAACGGGGCGAAUAGCAGACAGAGGCCGGAUUGGGGGAGGAGUGUGGAAAAGCCGAAUCAAAAAUAGAUAUCCUCAAAUUGUUGCCUUUUGCUUAAACAGGCACACGGAGACAAAAAACAAAGUCACUCACGCAUGCAUUGACGAUUGAGCCAGCCACGCAAGAAGUCCUCGGGAACCAAAGUGAAGCUAAAGGAUGUGAUCAAUUCAUUCAUACAUCGCUCGCCAACCCUCACCCUACACUCACAGACACACACAUUUCAAACACAUCUGCAUACGGCUUAGUUGUUCACCUUUUGCCAUUGCCUAGUCUUUGGUUUCCAUAUCCCGUCCUGUGCUGCGAAGAGCAUUAAAUGAGCAAAGAGAGUAAGAGAGAGAGAGAGUUAGAGGGAGUCAAAUUCAUUAUUUUUCUUUUAUUUUGUUUUGUUUUUGAAAAUCGAAGAUGAUACUAUUCGUUCGAAUAGGCAGCAAUUGCUUCAUUUUUAAACACUUUUAGUUUACCUAUUUUGAGCGCACACAAAAGAGAGAGUUUUAAUUGCAAACAGGUUAAAUUGAUGGUUGCAUAUGCUCUAUAAGCGUGAUAUUAUAUGGGCUAGUUAUGAGUUGUAUCCAGUUUUGUGCAUGAUUUUAUAUCUAUUCCUUGUAUUGCUUUAUUGCAUGCUGCUGGUAUUGUCUAAGGUAGACAAUAACAUGCUUUUUAGUCUCUAUAUCUCUCUUGAACCCUUGGAAAAGAAGUUGGCGGAUGGAUUUGGUCUGCCCUUUCCGCAGGCUGUGAGUUCAUCAUACACACACACAAACCCCGUUGUGUGAUUAAUCCGAGGUUGGUAAAAGUAGGUACAUUUACUCAAUUCGCAUCCACAUCAAACUGGUAGGCCUAAACACGUGCGUGGUUUUGCGCAGCUGAGUUGAUUUUGCUACUCCGAAACUCUGUGCGCUGGCAAUAUUUCCACCAACAACCCCAUUCAGACACAAACACACAUACACAUGUACACAAUUUGCUGCAUUUAGUGGAAAACACUACCGGGUUAGGCAAUGAAGAGGAAAGAAAGGAAAGGGUAGGGUUGAAGAAAAAAUCCACACAAAAACGUAGGGCAAAAAAACGACGAUCCCGAGAUGAGUGUCACCUGAGUUUUAGGCAAUUCCGUUAUUCUGUUUUACAUAGGAAAGUGUGUGGUGUUGUAGCUGUGUAAGUUGGAUCAUCGUUCUUUCGUUAACAGAGCCCCCUUUAUAUCCAGAUCGCGAUGUAAAACAAAAUACACACACACAACCCCCGCAACACAAAUUAUUUCACUAGAUCGCCCCUGUAUUAUUAUUAAUUAUUGGGGAUACAUUUUACUACACGUAAAUGGUGUGCUGUUCGCCAUCGAUCGUCGCAUGUGUACGAUCGUUUUCCUUUUCCCCUCUUUCUGGUAACGUUAAACCCCCCCCCCCGUCGUAGCGGAUUAGGAGAUAAAUCAAAGGAAGGAAAAAAAGUAUUGAUACAAAGCAUAGAAAAUGUGUUUUUGUUUUUUUAUGGGCUUUUUUUGAUUUACGAAUUAUACGUUAAGUGCAAAUGUUUAUUAUUAAAAUGAUCGGAACUGAGACAGAUCGCGGAGCCUAUGUGGGAGAUAGCGCUAGGCGGAGCUAUAGACAGACAGCAAAACCCCCCCUUUCAUACAUAGACACGAAAUAAACAAUCUUUAAACUACACAUACGAUGGAAUUAUUUUAUUUUUUACAUAACUACCGUUUUUGUUUAUUUAGUUUUUUUACGUUAUUAUUUACAAAUUUGUAUUUUUUCCUUUAUCUUUUCCCAUCUUUCUGGCCCUUCUUUGAUACAUCAUCAGGAUAGUAAGCAUACGAAAUAAUUCGUUUUCUCUCAGGGAUCAGAUGGUGAAACGGAUGAACACGCACACAUACACUAACACACACACACACACACACACUGGACAUUAGAAACAUUGCAAUCCUUACGUAGCUGGCACAGUUCAAUCAUAAGCGAUAAUCAAAAUGAAAUGAAUCCAAUCCUCCUAAAAAGUAAAAGAAGAAACCAUAUGAUACUUUAUCUUGGUUUCUCGAAAGGCGAAAGAUUUGUAUACUUUGUAGCUGUCUGUCCGGCAGCCCGCUUUGUGUGGCCAUUUCCGGUGGUGGUGUUUAUCGUCCUCAUUGUUGUUCCGGUUUCGGUGUGACUUUUCGGUGCCGUUUGUUAAGUAUUAUCCUCAUUCCCCCCUCCAUCAGCCCCUUUUUCCAAUAAACAUCCCACUUCUCUUUCGUGGGCAAACCAUAGUCGAUAGUGCAACUAGUAGUAGUAAUAGCAGGAAACUCCUUAACACUUGCAAACACUUCUUCUAAAACAAUAAACGCAAAUCAAAUUUCACGUAGUCGGAAUAAACGUAAACAGCAGUUGGUAGAAGAAAGGGGAAAAGUAAAAACGAAACAAAAAACAUAAAUAAAACAAACAUAAGCAAGGUACUUUCAAAGUAGAUAAAGCAUAGAGUAUAGACCCGUUAGAGUAGUGAAUUAAUGACAGCUCAGUACGAACACAACUAGUUGUAACAGCAGGAGCUCUAAUGAGGGUUUGAGAAAGGGAAAGAAAAUCCAAUUAAAAACAGUAGAAACUCUCCGUAGUAGGUUUGCCAUCGUCUCAUUCUAGUUAAACCAAUCAAAACGGGGUAAAACAACCGACAAGCAGAUGUUAUAAACUCGCAGAACAAUUCAGCUCUAAAUUCAAAUCCAACCGUUUCUGUGGGACGUUUCUGUUCGACUUACGCUCGUUUAAAAUGUUUAAAGUAAAACGUUUAAAAUUUCAAUCGGAAAACUGACCCCCAGUAGACGUGUGCGCGUGCGUUACACCAACCAACACAGUAUAUACUUAGAAUGAAAAACAAAAAUGAAUCCACAAAAGGCACAGGUGUGUGUUAGACAAAAUGGAAAGAGUACGCAUUAACAUCAAUUUGUCAGCUCGUAGCGCAAGCAAAACAAAAACUCUUAAAAAAAACACCUCAUACAUAGGACAGUUUAAGCAGUAAAUAGUAGAAGUUAGUACUCAGUACAUCCUCGUUCUUGGGGUCGGUUCUUUUGGGGUAGUCGAACAGGGCACCGCGAUCACUGUAGGCAUAUUAGCAAGUAGUGAGCAAACACCACGUUCCCACAAUAAAAAGCGGGCUAAAACCGUAACACACAUAAACGAACCCCAAUAGAAGGAGAUGGAAGCAGUUUUCAAACUAGUAGGAGACGAAUUAGUGGACACAGCUGCCCGAGACCGAACUUUAGAUGUAUAAAUGUUUGAAUUUUUGAUAGUUUAAUACGAUUGAUUUGGUUCUGUGAAGUAAAUGUGAUAUUGAAGCAAAAGACACAAACACACACGGAUGGGGAGGAAAAAGGGAUGCGAAGAGGGAUUUUUUGAGUAAGCAUCAAUAAUCAAAAACAAUGCAGAAGGGCACCGGAAGGAAGUAAUCCCGGCAAGUAAAGCACAGUUUAUAAGUAUUUACCACAAGCGCGCGCGUCGUUGGCCGUACCGCGCCACAGCCACAAUUUUGAAUGGUGAAACUCUUUUUGAACUACUCUUUUCCUUCCUUCCGCAUCCUGUUUCCGGUCCGCAAGAAGCCUACAAGCGUACACUCUGUCUCUUUGUUCGCGUUGUGUUUUUACCCCCUUCACACACACUCACCACACGCGCACUGUUGAGGUGUAAGGUGCGUUUCCGAGAUGGGGACAGGAGAGUGUAUUUGAUAAGAGAGGCAAACAGCAAACGUUUGCCCAUGAGAACACUAAUGCAAAUGUCUGUGUAAGACUUUAAAAGUGUUUGACUGGUAUGUGUGUGAGUGUGUGUGUGUGUUUGUGUGAACAGAAGAAAAACCGGAACAGGAAGGCGAAACAAAUUAGUAUUAAUAAAUAGUGUAAACCGAAAAGGGAAACAUUUUAAACCACAAGCAAGAAAGAAAAACAAAACAGGAAGAAAUAGUUAAAUCUAACAACUUUGAUACAUUAAUUCUUAAUGUUGAUACUUUUGUUUGAGUUGCAUUUAAUUCUGAAUACACAAAAUUGGCACACACAGAAAACUGUGAGAAAUAGUAAUGCAUGGAAUUUGUACGUUUUGAACGGGGUUUGUUAUGGCAGAGUUCAUUCAAGAGAAUAAACGCAACCACUGCUCUAGAUACUGAGGGUAGUUGUUGAAAUCCCUGAAUCUAUCAAGUCGGAUCGCUAGGGCCGUUUCGUUGAUCGUUCCUUGAGAAGCUUACAUUCUCACCCGUUUCAAGUAAAACGACUAGCGCGCGAUAGGCGUUACACACAGUUCGCAAUCAAGCUUGAUUGUAGUAUAUGCAGUAUUGCAAGUAGGAAUUCCUGGAAAACAACACUCUGAUAGAUUGAAAAGGUAGGAGAAACAAACUAUAAAAUUCCCAAGCAAAUUAUUCAAAUUCCGAAUCAAUUUCACUGUUCGAAUAGUAGCGCUCCCAAGCUCUCAGCACAGCUAGUCAAAUCUUCCACGGAGAAGGGGGAAAACAAUAAUAGAAUAAACCACAACUGAAACAGAUACAAUAGAGGAAACGAGAAGGGAAAAGGAGUACAGUAGCCUAAUCUACGAACUAAUCAAACAGGUUUUACUUUUUGUUCGGUAGACCCGUUCUUGACUGAUGAUUCCAGAUGAUGAGAUGAGUACUACACAGAUGAGUAGCAAUAUUGCCCUGUCCCGUUAAAUUGCGCAAGCACUUCUUUACAUUAGAAAUAAAACCAAGUAAAAGAAACAAAGUAGAACUGUGCAGUGAAAACGAGCAAAAUGAAUGGGUAAAGAAUGCGAGAAGGCGAUCGAUCGAAUGAAGCUGGCACAGGUACUUCCGGUCCACAGAAAGGAGAAAGGCAUGAUUAGGGAGUCGCAAUCAAACACGUUAACGCGAGGUUCAGUUUCAGUCCUUGAUGCCGCGAGGAGCUUUACGGCAAUUUACAUUUGCUCUUUCUGCGCAACCUAAAUUCCCUUGUUCUUAUACUCUAAAUCUCACAUACCGUCCCCGGAAGGAAAUGGAAGAUCGUUUGGUAGAGAGAGAGUUGAUCGCACUCGCUAAUCACUAAUUAAAGAGCCUUAUACUGUUUUUUGGCGAAGGCGAUGCAACAGAGCGGAUAGAGGAAGGAUAAGGAGAUUGAAGUGUAGUUUGGUGGUUGUUGGUUUAGGGGGAAAAAAGGCUCGCGCAAUUCCUAUCCUAAACCCGCCUCAAGAAGCAUUUAGCGCUGCUUGCAAGAGAUAAGAAAUGAUUUAUUUUUUAAAUCUGCAGAGAACCGCACACUCACUCACAAGCUCACAUCCACACGAAAAACACAUUAAUAUUGCACGUCCCAUCCCAUAAAUUUCGUCCAUAGAAUUACUAACAAAAAGCAACUUAAAACGAAAGAAACUGAGAGAGAGAGAGAGAAAGAGAGAAGAAGGAACUUAAAACACUCACACGCACGUGUCUCCUAAAGCGAAACACACACGUGUGCUGUAUUUCUAAGCUCGAACCACGUGAUCGGGAGAUGCUGCCGCCUUUCCACUCACUAGCACAUAAGAAGUAACGCACGGUCGCGAUCAUUGUUUUGUGUUUUUGUGUUGAUCUAGCAAAAAAACAGAAGAAGAAAAAGCUUAAGUGAACCAUCGCAAAACUCUAUUUGGCUGUAUUUUUGUGUUAUUUUUUGCCACGCCCGCCUGUUUCUAGUGUUCUCUCCAUCGCUGCUUACUAACUCAGUUUAAAAGCAGUCGAAAGCAACAGAAAAUGGAACAGAAGAUGAAGAAGAAGAAGAAAAACCCCUCCGGUAGGGCACUCGGGAAAGGACACAGGGCAAGAGUUGAGGUGAAUGUUUUCAUAUUUUUGUAAAUACUUUUAAUAAAAUACACUGAACUGGAGAGGACGAAAUGCGAAACGUGGAAAUGGAAUAAACAAAAAAGAGAACAGCACUGCAAAGUGACAAAAUAAAAGAAAACAGGAAAUGAUAGUAGCGUGUGGUAGAAGAGGAAAUGGAAAGAAAGAAGAAAACACAGUUAAAAUGUGCAGGAAGAACAAACAGAAAGGGAAACAAAACAGGCAAAAUAUUGUUUAUUUAUGAAACUUUAAAUAAAAGUAAAAGUAUAUAUAUGACGACUAAAAUCCAUUUCGGAUAGUGACGGAGAGGGUGGUAAGAAUGGAGAAGGAUGGAUAAUCCUGGUUUGGGAUUUGAAACGGGGAAGUAAAAGGCAGGGGUGAAGUAAGUGAAGUAAACAAUUUAAAUGAAUGAAAUAAAUACGAACAAUUCAAUGAACUCUGUA